AUGUUGACAAUGCCAUUUGACAGUCGAGUCAGUCUUUUUCUAGCAGUUGCAUGGAGUCGGGAGUAUUCUGGAAACUGCCUAUUUUUCCGCCUUAUCGCAUGGAAACCACACAUAUUCCGGUUCCAAAUGCAAGGUGUCAUCAACCUCCUGAAUAGUUCAGCGAUAUCCUUAGCCUUUGGUGACAUCCUCUGGCGAGGAAUUCACUUUGCCUUUGAGACAGUUUACCAUCGUGAGAGAUACAAUGGGAUACUGCAAGUGGCUCAGCUUGUAUUCACCAGGAGUUCCUGGUCAUUCAGCAUUUUGGGUCUAAAACUCUUCUGGAGUUUUUACACGGGAAACUUCGGAAAUCCCUGCGAAGAAAUAUACAAACCGGUGCUGUUUGGCCUCCUGUACUGCUUCUUCCGGUGGCACUACGAAGGCUCACCCCUCGCCAACAUGAGAUCCUUGCGCACUCUUCGCGGUUUGGACUGCGGAACGAACAUGGCGUAUAGCUUCUUUCACGGUUACCUCAAUAUCAUCCUGCCCAACAGGGGAGACGCCAACAUGGGUCUGGUGGAAAGAAUUGAAAUCUUCGAGUCCAACGAAGGCAUUGAGAUUCCCGUGAAGAAGCUCUUCCUGCUCAUUCCCAAUGAUCUCUACUUCCCACCCCGUCUGUCCGACAUGUCAGACGACAUCGUGAUGAUCGGAAGAUUGGAAUACACUCUGCGCGAUCGCGCCGGCAUCACUGGUCGCCAGUACACCAACACCGUGUACCAGCUCCUGCCACAGAAAAUUUACGUGGUGGCCGAAGGCGCAACGCCUCUGCUCACGUUCCUGGAAAGCUGCCGUCAGGACGAGAUCACCAACAGCUGCUCUCGAGAAGUCGUCGCGAAGUUCCACCAGACCUUGGAGCGCCUGCUAAACUCCGUUCCGGAGUGUCGUGACACAUUUGUCUUGAUUCCCUUCAGCGAGAAGACGAGCUCCGGUGAGCCAACAAAUGUGGCAAAGCUCCUCUCGGAUGCUAUCAGGAAGCAACUCUACCUCAAAGCAGCAUGACAAAGUUUUUCCCACGACGCACGUUCGGCUCUCUUCACGUCGUUGCUUGGCUGUCAGUGCAAUUUGGGAGAUCUUCUGUGCGGAAAAAGGGCAAAAAUGCUGUGAAAA